GGAAGUUCGUGAGCGGCGGAUCCCGCGGCGGUCGCUGCAGCGCUCCGAGUUUCGCGUCUCUCCUCUCCGCGUCUCGCCCGCUGGUCUUGAGCCGCGCCGACCUCGUCGUGUGCCGUCCGGGAAGCAACUUCUCUCUCAGUCUCUCCUCUCCUCUCUCUCCCGCUGUUGUUGUCGUCUCUGUUGUUGUUGCAGCGACGACGGCGGCGGCGUAUCGAGUUGCGUAAUUCGCAAGCCGUCGACGUUGCCUCCAUCUUCACGCAACACCGUGAGCCAACAGAGCGCACAUACCUCGUCUGUUAUUGAGCAGCAAGUAUGAAUCUGCCUCCUCCAGACCAGUUCGGAAAUGACUUCAACAAGGCUCCAGGUGGAGCGCCGAUGGGGUGGGAGAAUCCGGAGCCGCAUGGGUUUGCCCAGCCGCCCGGUUACCUCCUGCCGGGCCCGAGCUGCCCUCAGGCACCGCCACCGCCGUAUGACUACCCCAGGCAGCAACUGCCUGGCCACCCGGGCUAUCCAGGCCACCCAAGCUACGCGGGACCAUUGAUGGGGCCCAACCCUGAAGCGGCAUACCCACCGGGCCCUCGGGAACCACCAGGAGCAAACGCCGGGCAGCCGCAGCCGCCCCAGUCGAUGCAGCCGCAGGGCUACUUGAUGGUGCCCAACGUGACGGUGGUGCAGCAGCCCCUGCGCACGCCAGACCCCGUGGCCGUCACGUGCCCGUCGUGCCAACAGCCGGUGGUCACCAAGACGAGCACCUACCCGGGCUUGCUCGCCUGGCUCAUCGUGGGCGGGUUGUUCCUCGCCGGCCUGGUGCUGCUGAUACCGCUGCUCUUCUGCUUCGUCCCGCUGUGCGUCCCCUCCUGCCACGACGUCCGCCACCGGUGCCCCAACUGCAAGGCCAACAUCUACACCUACACGCGCAUGUGAUCGCCGCCGCCGCCGCCUUCCCGCGGAAGGAAACCCGGACGGCGGGUUUAGCCCAAGGCUUGUACGUGUAAAAAAAAGAAAAAUCGCACUCUUCGGCACGAUUUCUACAGAGAAGCAUAUCUCACCCUUGAGGGUUGUUGGUUCAAACUGGCGAUUUCGCACCGGUGAUCGAUUCAAACUUCGAAUUGCACGCAAACGACGUUUUAUCUGUCACUGCAAGCUUCGUGGCUGCACCAGUCAGGUACUCGUGGCAUCUUUAAGAUCUGCCAAUAGCACUGGAUUUUUGUGUGCGCUCAGGUGCGCGUGUGUGUGUGAAUGUGUGGUCAUCUGAAGGCAAUUACUAUGCUUGUUUAUUGCAGGAAUGCCUCGCCAAGGCUCAUGACUCGUUUACAGGAGGGUCCUACCAAGUUUUUGCAGUAGAGGGCGAUGAUUGUCAUGUAUAUUUCAACAGAAUACUUUGCGGUGUAAUUUUUAUUUUAUUUUUGGUCCAUGACACCAGCACACAAAUGCAAAUGACGUCAAGGCAUCUACUCUUGCGAAUUACGUCAGCGCAUCUUUAACAACGUUCAUUAUGAAGCAGACAGUGCGUAUGUUUGCAAUCAAAAAAUGCCCGCAGUAUAACCAGGCCUAAAAAAGGUGUUUGAAAGUCGGAUUAAAAUGUUCGUCACUGCUGCUGCUGUAUAUGUACCUUAUGGCGGGACCCCGGGGUCCUAUAAGCCUCCGGUUCUCGCAUUAACUGUGUUGCGACUUCAUUUUAUGUCUGUUGAAGGCGAACAUAUGGCAAUCUAUUCCUCUCGACGAGCUCUACACGAUGCACUAAUCAAUGUUUCAAAGUUUUGUUUCUCCUGCGCAUUCGUCCUCGCUGCGCUUGGAUGACAUGGCAACAGAAUGAUCCGCGCCAGGCGGGUCGCGGCGUUUAUGUGCGCGGUGGGACGGAGUCGCCAAAAAUAAAUUAAUUAAUUACGAUUUUGACUUUCGUUUAUUCGGGACCCCGGGGUCCCGCCAUAAGGUUCAUAUGGUGAUCACUUCGUAAUGUGAUGUCACUUCCGGCAACCGUGCAUCAUUGUGAUGUCAUAUCCUGUUGCGGUGCUUUCCCAUGACACGGCUUUCUGAAGGAAUGUGGGUGACCAGAGGGGGAGGGGGGUGGUCGAGCAGGAUAUGACAUCACAGCCAUCGGUGAUUGGCCAGUCCUCUGUAUCGCCACGCGGUCGCUAGAAAACGGCAGCAUGUGACGCUGCACAGCAGCAGUGAGGGAAUGGCCUCGGUGACGUUCUGCUUCAAACAUUGCUGCGAUUGUGUGAACCUUACGUGGUCAGCACGCGAGCCACCAGAACCGAUUCACACAAUUAAAAACGUUCCAUUUACCGCUGGCGACUGCCUAGCCGAAGACCUCUUUGCAGGGAAUUGUUUACCGCGGGGUACCGUCGCCUGUAAAAG